UAUAAAAAAACGUUUUAAUUCACAUUUAUUAAAUUAAAACUUAAAUAUAAACUGCUGUUAAAUACGUAGAGCUUGUUUACUAAUAGACAUAAAUCGAAUUUACCACAUUGAUGGUACAAUUUUCAACGAAUAAAUAUUACUGCAGGAUAUACACGCUCCUGAACUGUAGUCUGAGUCACUGACAAUCAAAACAAAGGAGCCAAAGCUAACACAAAGCACAGACAACAAAGACAUGAGCAAACUACCAGGUGCCAACUUGGAAUUCGUGCGUGAAGAUGAUUACGUAGAGUAUUAUAUUUUUCCCAAACUAAAUGAGGGCGAUGAAGAUCAAGUGCGUCAACAACUGGAUCAAGUACGCGUUGCAUGCAUGGCAAUUGUGAACGAGAAGGUCGCCGAACGCAGUUACAUAUGGCACAAAGACGAGUUUCAACUGAUGCCGCGAACGGGCAGCGAACAGGAGCGUCUGCUAAAUGAUGAGUCCAACGAUGAGGACCAGGCCGAAGAAGCGCAGGGUACGCUGCCGCCGCAUUUACAUGGCGUAACACACUACGGCGAUAAUAUAGGCGACGAAUGGUUCAUAGUCUAUCUGCUUAGCGAAUUGACUCGCACCCGAACGGAUUGCAUAGCACGCGUUUGCGAUGCCGAUGGCGAAUUUCUGCUGAUAGAAGCAGCGGAUGUGCUGCCCGACUGGGCAAGUCCAGAGACAUGUGAGCAGCGUGUCUAUAUAGUCAAUGGCAGCCUACAGCUGCUACAAAACUCGACCAAUACAAGCCCAAACACACGUUUGCCCAUGUCAAGCGCUGUACAGCGCAUACGCCUUAACCCUACGCUUUACCGCUGUUCAAGAGAGAUACAGCAGUGCAUAGAUUCUCGUUUGCGUGAGUUCCAAGCCGCACAACCACAUGCAUCCAUACAUCGACAGAUUGUGCAAUUGCCGCUGAAUGCUGCACAGUUACUCAAGCACCGACCAGCACUGAUAGCUUCAGCUGUGCGUGCUUUCUGCGACCGCGACAGCAUGGACUCGAAGGCAUUGCGUACCAUGCGUUACUUUCCACCAGAAUCCCCACGUCUGCGCACCAAUGUAAGCUUUACGCGUUGUCUCUAUGCCAUGCUGAUGCACAACCAGUAUACACCGGAGCGCCGUCUUGGAUGGCAACUAACCGAUGCAGUGGCUAAUCCCGAGAGUUACAAAGAACAACUUUUGGGUGUUAAGCUGGCUAGUGGACUGGAAAUACUUGCCAGUCAGGCCAAGCGCUCUGCGGAACAAGUAGAGCAGCAGUCACCCGCUUGGCGUGGCUAUUUGCGCAGCUUGCAGUCGAAGGGCUACUUUAAACAGAAUAUUGAAGGCAGCGCGGAAUACGAGAAGUUGCUAGCCACUGCCCGGGAAUACUUUAAGAAUAAUCAACAACGUUUUCGCACCGCGCCGCUGGUUGGCGCUGAAAUCUUGGAGCUGCUGUUACAUACGAGCGAAAGCAACGCUGCUGAGCAAUUGCGCGAUGAAGAAAACAAUUUAUUACCCAGUGACUCUGAUGAAUGGCUUAAUAUAUCCGCCGAGGAGCUGGACACCAUGUUGCAGCAACGUUAUGGACCACAAAAGCUAUACAAUCCCAAGGGUGAUAUAAAUGCUGAGGAGUUCACCAAACAGCUGUCGCAAUUUCUGGAUAGGCAGUCCAACUUUGAGGGCAUUGAAACACAUGAUGAUGUCGGCGCUGAGCUGGACUCUGAUGAUGAAGAGCCAAUGCCGUCGACAGCUAGCAGGAAGAGCACCCAGAUUAAGAAGAAUGCUUCGAUGCGUAAAGCAUGCCAGCGUAAUCCUCUGCUGCAGUCGGAGGAAGCGGACAGCACACAUGUACGUAACUUUCUUGACUUUGUUAUACCAGAGGACAAUUGGGAUUCCAACUCGGAGAUGAGCGACUAUGCUGACGAACAGGACUUGGAGCGUAAUUUUGAUGCUUUAUCCAGCGCCAGCGGUGCGGAUAUGGAAUUUCCAUUGGACCGCAACAUAAAAGCAUACAUGGACCAAAUGGAUCGCGAGCUAGCUCAAACAGCUGUAGGGAAAUCGUUCCAGGGCAAAAGCGACGCCAAUAGCUCGCAGCGCAGCGCCACUGAUGAUGAUUUCGAUGACAUUGAGGACUUUGAACCCAUUAACAUCAAUGUCAACACACUUCGUAAUAUGAUGGACAGCUAUAAAUCUCAAAUGGGUGGAGCUGGACCCGUGUCCAAUCUGUUUAGCGCCAUGGGUGUUGGCAUGUCCACUGCAGGAAGCGCAGAUGACAAGAACAAGGAUUUAUCAGAGUCCGCUGUCUAAGGCACUACCAUUAGUUUAUAAGCUUACAGUCAUUGCUUAGGUAAUAUAUAUGUAUGUAUUGUGCACAAUGAAACAAACAAAUGGAACAAAUCAAUUGAACUUC